AGCUGAAGCACUCGACUGCAGCAGAAUGGACUGCCUUAACUUCCACCGGGAUGUUUUCUGACAGAAAGCGGGGCUGUGUGCGUUUCGGUUUUAGCUGACUGUGUGUGUGUGAGUGUGUGUGUGUGUGUGUGUGAGUGUGUGUGUGUGAAGGGAAAGGGGGGCAUGCAUGCAGCGGAAAAACAAUGGCUUUAAACCGAAUGUCUCAGUUGUGCCAUGAUAUCACCAGGCUGUGGCUGCAGCUGAAGAUGAGAACAGAUGACAUCGUGCAGAAAGAUGGCCCUCUGUGUGCAGCUGAAAUUGGCUCUGAACUCCAGAAACAGUUUGCCAUCCUGCCAGGAGGCCGCGGGCAGAACGGCAGCCCUGUCAUCGUCCUCCCAGAGUUCCCAGCCUUCGGCGAGCUGGAGGAGGAGGAGUUCCAGAACGUGCUACGCUAUCUCACGAGCAUCCCCAGCAGCGCCGCAGCCUCUGGAGUUGGCUUCAUCCUGAUCGUCGACAGACGGCUGGACCGAUGGGCCGCCGUCAGAGCCACCCUGCUUCGCAUUGCAGGUUCGUUCCCGGGGCUCUUGGAAUUAGUUCUGGUGUUGCGUCCCUCCACUUUGUUCCAGCGGACCCUCUCCGACUUCUUGUUCAAGUUCAACAAGGAUGAGUUCAAAAUGAAGGUGGUGAUGCUGAGUUCAGUGACUGAGCUCCAUGCUUACAUCGACCCMGGGCAACUGACCACUGAGCUGGGCGGCACACAGGAGUACUGCCAUGACAGCUGGAUUUCACACCGCACUGCCAUUGAGGCUUUCGCCCUCAUGGUAAAAACCACGGCUCAGACCCUGCAAGCGUUUGGAACCGAACUCGCCGAGACMGAGCUGCCCAAUGACGCUGAGGCCACCACCAACCUGCUGCACGCUCACACAUCAAAGAAGGAUCAAAUGAAGGAGGACCUGAAGGUGGCGCUGUCUCAAGGAAAACGCCUGUUGGCUUAUAUAAAUGAGCCUCUGGAGACAGAUCCUGAGUACAACAUGACGCAAGAUGAAAUUGAGAACUUGUGUACUGUACAGAGACUCCUGGGUCAGCUGAAUGAAACGGAGAYGGCGUUCGACCAUUUCUGGGAGCGUCAUCACACCAAGCUGGAGCAGUGUUUGCAGCUGCGCCACUUUGAAAAGAGCUUCCGUGAAGUGCGCAGCCAGCUUGAUGUGAUGUCUGAGCGGUUACUGGGUUUCUCUGAAGUCAGCAUAAGCCCCGCCCACGCCGAGCACGUCCUCAGAGAGCUCAGCAGCCACGAGGACAAAGCUUGCGACCUGGUAGACUUCGCUCUGUCCUUGGCCAAUGAAGGCGACGGCCUUAUAAAAAACUCCCACUAUGCUGAGGACUCCAUCAGRCCAAAGUGCAAUGAGCUGAGAGAAGUGUGUGAGGAGAUCAGCUCGACUCUGAGGAGCAAGAAGAGCCUCUUGCUCAGAGCGCUGGAGCUCCACCAGGCUUUGGAGAAGGCGUCCCAGUGGUGUGAGGAUGGCAUCUUCCUGCUGGCGAACCAACCAGUGGAUCGUUGUCAGUCUCAAGAUGGAGCCGAAGCUGCCCUGCAGGAGCUGGAGCGAUACUUGGACACAGCAGCUCUCCACACCCUCACAGACCACAGCGCCAUCUGCUGUCAGUACGAUGCGGUGCUCAGUCCUCCGCUCAGGGACCUGAUAGACAAAGUUUUCCAGAAGCAAAGCUCUGUCCAGGAGAUGUUUGAGAAGAGACGGGUCAGCCUGAAGAAGCUGGCCGCCAAGCAGACGAGACCGGUCCAGCCAGUGGCUCCAAGGCCUGAGAUCAAGUCUCCUCUUUCCUCUCCGAAUCUAGAGAGAAAAGAGAGGAGACAUUCAGCAGAUAGUGCCCUCUGCAAAAAGGUGGAGUCCACCGUACACAACGGUGUCACAAGACACGCCUCUCUGUCAGAAGAAGAAGAAAACCUGGCGGUGCUUCGGCGUCAUGUGAUGAAUGAGCUGCUGGAGACAGAGCGGGCGUACGUGGAGGAGCUUCUAUGUGUGCUGGAGGGCUACGCAGCAGAGAUGGACAAGCCCUCCAUGGCUCACCUCAUCCCCAGCAGCCUGCUCAGCAAGAAGGACAUCCUCUUUGGGAACAUGCCUGAAAUCUACCAGUUUCACAAAACGACGUUUCUAAAGGAACUUGAGGAAUACACCGACUGCCCAGAACUCGUGGGUCGCUGCUUUUUAGAACGGAUGAAGGACUUGCAGAUCUAUGAGGCUUACUGCCAGAAUAAACCUCGCUCUGAGAGUUUGUGGAGGCAGUGCUCCGACUGUGCCUUUUUUCAGGAAUGCCAGAAGAAGCUGGAACAUAAACUUGGUUUGGACUCCUACCUCCUUAAACCUGUCCAGAGAAUUACCAAGUACCAGCUACUGCUUAAAGAGAUGUUGAAGUACAGUAAGGGCUGUGACGGCUGUGAAGACCUCCAGGAGGCUCUCUCCUCCAUCCUGGGCAUCCUGAAAGCUGUUAAUGACUCCAUGCACCUCAUUGCCAUCACAGGUUACGAGGGUAACCUCUCGGACCUCGGCCGCCUGCUGAUGCAGGGCUCCUUCAGCGUGUGGACAGAACAUAAAAAAGGCCAYGCCAAGGUAAAGGACCUGGCCCGGUUCAAGCCCAUGCAGAGGCACCUGUUCCUGCACGAGAAGGCCCUGCUCUUCUGCAAGAGGAGAGAGGAGAACGGGGAGGGCUACGAGAAAGCGCCGUCGUACAGCUUCAAACACUCCCUGAACAUGAGCGCUGUUGGAAUCACGGAGAAUGCCAAGGGAGACAACAAGAAGUUUGAGAUUUGGUGCAACUCCAGGGAAGAAGUUUUUAUAGUCCAGGCCCCUACGCCCGAGGUCAAAACAGAAUGGGUGAAAGAGAUCCGUAAAGUUCUGACUCAGCAGCUCAAAGCGUGCAGAGACGCCCGCCAGCAGAAAAGCUCUGACUCAGUUUCUCCAAAUCCCACCAGCAACAACACCACCGUCUCCCUCAGCCCCUUCCGCAGCAGCAGCAAUCAGAAGAACCAGAAGAAGCAGGAGGAGAAGAAGGCAGAGCAGAGUCUGACCUCUGACCCCAACUCAUGUUCUUCACCCAAACACAAAGAUGAAGUCGUGACCAGCCCAACCACUGACCGGUCCUCAGUGGCUAAAAAGCGUUUUACUUUGCAGGGUUUCAGCAAUCUAAAGAGUCCCAAAGGCUCAGCUCUGAGCCCUGAGCAUACCUCCAAACGCCACUUGGUCAAAAGUGACCCCACACCAUUUGGCUUCAAAG